AUGAUGGAGACACGGAGCCGCAUUGGCGACGGCAAAGCUGCCACACCGUUGCACUCUUCCGAUGCGGUGUUUGGGCCUCUGCCGGCGUACGACGACAUUUGCCGCUUUAUUGCGGAGUACUCCGGGCGGUUGCCGUCCAAUGUCUUUACCGGGACUGCCCCGUACGAGUACGACGGCUGCGACUAUGCCCUUAUACUGUAUGCCAUUCUGCCCAGUAGGUGUAUCGAUCUCUCCCGCCUGUGCUGGUCCACGACGCCUCUCCCAGCACAGCUAGAGGCGAAUUUGGCGGUCUUCUGCGAAGGUGCACGUGGACUGCAGUUGUGUGAUGCUCCAACGUCGUCGUUGCACCCGCACCAUCUCCGCUCCACACCGAUGUGCAUCGUGCAUCAUAUCAAAGUCCAACACUGGCUCUUCGUCUUGUCGCAACGAUUCCCUCCAGAGGGGGGCUUUGACGCCGCCACGCUGCGGAUGGAGCAGCGACAUGCUCAACUUGGCGAGCCGCGUUUGCCUCUUGGUGUUACAACAGCAACUGUGCCAUCUUCGUCACAUGCGAGCAUCGCCACUGUUGAAGCUGGUGGUGAUGAUACACUUCCUCUUCCAUCUUCUCAGUGCCACGCCGUAUGGAAAGCAGCUGCAAUUGACGUUAGACGAGACACCCCUCCCUCUGUGGAGGCAACAUCGAAGAGUGGAGUUGGUGAUAUCGAAGCACAACAACCGAAAUCGUGGAAAAACUACGCCCGUCCAUGGCGCUCAGCAGCUGCCACCAAGCCGGUCACUCGACAGCCACAACGAAGACAGCAUCCUGCGCAGCCACCCGCUGGUAUUACUACCACUCCUGUCGCGACCACGGCAUCACCCACGUUGCACUCUCUUGCUGAUCAAUGGUGUGAAUCAGAGCGGCGGCGCCUGCAACUCAAACGGAGUCUCUCGCAGGCCCGUCAGAAGACUGAGAAUACACUCUUUUUGAAUGGUGUGGUUGACUAUGAUGCUGUUCUUGCUGUUUUGCAGCAGAAGCAAGAAUGA